AUGUCAUCUCCGGCUGCCUCGGCGUCGGGCGGCGACAGCCACGGCGAAAAGAAGCCCCUUGAGCAAAUCACGUUCCGUUUCUGCUCCGAGUGCAGCAACCUCUUGUAUCCCAAGGAAGACGAAAACGAGCACAAGCUCAUGUUUACAUGUCGGACGUGCAAAUUCUCCGAGGAGGCUACGUCAAGCUGCAUUUACCGCAACGUUCUCAACAACGCCGUCGGCGAGACAGCCGGCGUGACUCAAGAUGUCGGCAGUGAUCCUACGCUGCCAAGGUCGAACCGCACCUGCCCUGCGUGCAAGCAUGACGAGGCUGUCUUUUUCCAGUCGCAGCAGCGGAGCGCUGAAACGGGAAUGAAACUGUUUUAUGUUUGCUGCGAAUGCGGCAACAUCUUCCAAUAGGCGUUGGUUCAAAACAUUUGCAUGCCUCGGCGUUUUAGGAUCGGGGGCUCCGGCGUGGAAUAUGGGUUCGGCAGCGUGGUAUAGCGUUCUCUACAGAAUCAAUGCAUGUACCUUCACGGAAGACAUGGCCACAGCUAUAAGGCUCGGGGAUAUCCGUAUGUGUCCGUUAUGAAAUUUGUACAAGUAAUAUGUAUACAUGACUCCGAAUAACGCCCAUCUGAUGCAUGCGGGAUGAUGCU